CAAAGUUUGGAUGUGCAAUGCGGCGACCAUCAUCAUGUCCCUAAAGAUCAAAGCACCUGUGCUGCCUUCGCUCCGAGGACUCCCGGCCACGUGGAUGGAAAUCUGCAAGGUGUGAAAAGAUGCGGCUGUGGUGGAUUUUACUCUUUGCUUUCUGGAGUGUCUGCGGGGAACUGCCAUUCAUAGCGGAGAACAACGCGGCUAUGUUGGUCAACUGGGAUGCUGUUGACGGGAACAAAAACCUGUACGCCAUCUAUGACACAAGCGCCAACGAGCCGGGGAACAUGUCCUUCGUCAAAGACACCGUGGACAAACUGCUGAAAGGAUAUGAUAUCCGUCUCCGGCCCGACUUUGGAGGUAAACCCGUUGCCGUUGGAAUGAGUAUCGACGUGGCGAGCAUCGACAUGGUGUCAGAAGUCAACAUGGACUACACGCUGACGAUGUACUUCCAGCAGUACUGGAGGGAUAAGAGGCUGGCGUACCUGGGGAUCCCUCUGAACCUGACGCUGGACAACCGAGUGGCUGACCAGCUGUGGGUCCCCGACACCUACUUCCUCAACGACAAGAAGUCCUUCGUCCACGGAGUCACCGUCAAGAACCGGAUGAUCCGGCUGCACCCGGACGGCACCGUGCUGUACGGCCUCCGGAUCACGACGACAGCCGCCUGCAUGAUGGAUCUGAGGCGGUACCCGCUGGACGAGCAGAACUGCACUCUGGAAAUUGAGAGUUACGGUUACACAACAGAUGACAUCGAGUUUUACUGGAAAGGAGGCGACACCGCAGUGACCGGAGUGACACGAAUCGAGCUCCCUCAGUUCUCCAUCGUCGACUACAAGCUGGUGUCCAGGAACGUCGUCUUCUCCACAGGUGCCUACCCUCGACUGUCUCUGAGCUUCAAGCUGAAGCGAAACAUCGGGUACUUCAUCCUGCAGACCUACAUGCCCUCCAUCCUCAUCACCAUCCUGUCCUGGGUGUCCUUCUGGAUAAAUUACGAUGCCUCGGCUGCCAGAGUUGCAUUAGGGAUCACCACUGUCCUGACCAUGACUACCAUCAACACCCAUCUGAGAGAGACUCUGCCCAAGAUCCCGUACGUGAAAGCCAUAGACAUGUACCUGAUGGGUUGCUUCGUGUUCGUCUUCCUCGCUCUGCUGGAGUACGCCUUCGUCAACUACAUCUUCUUCGGGAGAGGCCCUCAGAUGCAGAAGAGGCUGGCGGAGAGGGCGCAGAAGGCCAACAACGACCGGGAGAGUUUAGACGGACCCAGGUCCCUUCUGGAAGGAGGCAAUUGCAAGUCUUCGUCCGUUAAACAGUCCAAUCAGGUUCACGGGCGGCGCCCCUCACGGAGGGUCGACUCCCAGGGGAACAUUUUACUGACAACCUUGGAGAUCCACAACGAGGUGGGCGGGAAUGAGAUCACCACCAGGGUGUGCGAGACCCACAACUCUUCCUCCAUGGUGUUCGACAACUCCGGGGUCCAGAACAGGAAGCCGAGCGGGCCGCGCCCCAGCCUCGAGGGGAACGUACAUCGGAGGAUAUCGCGUCUGCAGAGACGAUCCUCUCAGCUCAAAAUCAAAAUCCCAGACCUGACGGAUGUGAACGCUAUCGACAGGAUGUCACGGAUAAUAUUCCCCUUCAGCUUCUCCCUCUUCAACGUCAUCUACUGGCUUUACUACGUCAACUAACGCACUGGUGUUGUUUUUCUAAACCCACGCUGUGUCAUUUCUUUAUGUGAGGAACAUCAUACUAAAACAUCUUUUAUCAUAGCUGGACUUUGAUGACAGAGACAGAUUCAAAGUCACGAUGAUUUAACUGCAGAAGAUGUAUUUUACAAAGACUUUGCUGAACUGUAUCUCUGCUCUAUGAGGAGCCGGGACCUGUCUUUGCAGUACUGUUCAUCAGACAGAGUUCGGGUGUGGGGUCGAUGAUACUCAAUGCUUUCCUACUGGACCAGACAGCUGACGAAGACUCUUACCAUUAUUGGACUUUAUUACAGCUGUAUGUCAGUCUGCACAAGGACACAUAUGAUCGUGUAAACAGAGACUCUGAGUUUAUGGAACUAGAUUCAAAGGAAUUGUUCAACAUUUUGGGGAAUUCACUUAUUCCAUUUCCUGCAGUAAGCUAAAGUUAAACAUCCGAUAGCUCCAACCUGUGAUGAUGUUGGUGAUUUUAUUGAACACAUUUAAAACUCAAAUUGAUGUGAAGAUCUAGCAAACUACAGUAUCUGCACAGCGUUCGGAGAUGGAGAGAAAAUGUUGGCAUAAGCUUAGCAUGUUGCUAACGUUAGCAAGCAGUUAUAAGCUAACCGCUGACACCAACAGUUGAAUGAUGAGAGAGAUCGUAACUUGGACGAUGUCGUUGUGUGUUCUGCUAACCUUAUCCACAGCCAUAAGUGCUUGGCUGCAGCUAGCAGAAGUUCAACUAGUAAAAAGAUGGAGAGACACUGCUGCUAGUACUUUAGCUUAUUGCUAACCAAUGUUGCGGCAAGUAUUAGCUAGGGCUGCGGCUAGCAAACGCUAAACUACUAGCAACAUUUUUCUGUAUGUGCGAUAUAGUAAGGCCAUCAUUAAACCCCAUCAUCUUCUCCCCCGCUAUAGCUACUUUUUCAUCAGGAUAUUUAAGAUUAUAAGCCCUGAGGUUCUCCAUUUUCUCUGCGUUAUAAGCAGUCGGGUAGAGUGAGUGACAUUCAGAGAAGCUGUCCAAUUUGCUUAUUCUGCUUCCACCUAUUAUCCCCCCACAACAUCAUGUUAGCUCACAGGAAAAGGGGGUCUUGUGCCAGCAGUUACUUAGCUUAGCUUAGCAGCACCACGCCGCUACAUUAGCAUAACAUCUGUAAGCAGGGGGAAACAUUUAAGCGUCUUCCCUAAAAUCUUGAACUCUGACUUUAAUUGGUUUUGGAGUCGGUGACUGCUUUCAGGUUCUUCAGUAGUGGACGCCGCCGGUACUGCUGAGUCUUUGCUCCGGUCGGUGGUUGAACACUGUUCAGUUGUCAACCUGAAACUUUGAUUUCACAGCGGAUGAAAUCCAUACCAGCAUUUUAUAAACUUCUCCUUCUUGUUGAGGUGUUGUUUUGUCAUCCACAGCCAAUAUUGAAAAGAUUAUUUUGACAUUUUGGGAAAUAAAUAAAUGCUUCUUUGGUUCUUACCACGAUUUUCAGUCAGUUAGCUUAGCUUAGCUUAGCUUAGCAUAACAGCCGGAAACAAGGGCCAGUUUAAGGCCGUAUAAAACAUCUAAAGCUAAUGUUUAACACGUUUAAUCUCAUUUAGUAAAGCUGUAUAUAAAUGGUAAACGUGCAAUAACUAUUCCUUGGCCGGACAUAGAGAUUGCCACUUCAUGUCCUUUUUAACAUUUCUAUGAUUUGGGAUUUGGCACAGAGCCAGGCUAGCUGUGUCCCUCUGUUUACAGUGUUUAUGCUAAGCUAAGCUAACCAUUUGCUGGUUGCAGCUUCACGUGAAUUGUCUCACUUCUGAUGAGAAAGUGCAUGAGAGUAUUCCCCAAAAUAUCAAACCAUUUACUCAACAUUUACAGCUACCCGUUUACCGUUACAUUUCCAUGUUCAAUGUCAUAUAUCCAACAGCAAGUGGAACAUUUAUGUGUGACAGGACCGUUUAUUCCCAAUGCUUUUAUAGCAAACAUGUACAAUAUCUCAUCAGUUUACACUACUUCACUCUUUGUGCUUUCAGGACUUCUGUCUCGAUCUUUUAUUGAGUUUGUGAGAUGCGUAUCAUAAUUCACAUUUUCUUUUUUCUUGGAGACUGGGGAGGCAUUUCUGCUCGUGUCAGAUUUCCAUCACGUUGUUGGUUCUGUGUGAAAUGUAAUGUACAUACUGUAACUACACAUUUUGUCUUCAGUUCACAUGAAUUACAAGCCUUUGUUGUCA